GUGGGUUGUUAAAACUUUCCAUUUCCAGGUCUUUAAUCUUUCUUUCCCUAUAUAAGCAGCAGACCACUGGAGAAGAUUAGUUGAUUUGAAGUUUUUAUACAUUAAAAACGAAAAUUUUCGAAUUAAUAUGAGACUAAUUUUCGUUUCGUUUGUUUUCUUGUUUAACGCUAUCAUAACGUUGGCACAGGGAAGAGAUGACCGCCACGAUAUCAAACUGACGUUUGAUUGUUCAGAGGUGAAACUAAACGAGCACCAUUACCAGCUCUGUGAUCUGAAGGUUGAAAAGCCCCGCAAUAUCACCUACAACAGCACCACGUUGAACGCGGUCAUCAACAGCUGCCUCGAUGCCGAAUUUAGAUCGCAGACCUGUUUUCGCGAUACAGUGGACCAGAUGAUGAGGACUGAUUAUUAUUUGGAGGCAGGUGUGGGCUACGUCAGGACGACAGGAAUCAAAUACAAAGAUUACCAAGGAUCGUUGGAGCAUCUCACGUGCUACCGUACAACAUUGUCUCUGCCCACAACCUCCAUCUCACUACUCAACGACAAAUAUUGCACAUUCAAGUCGAUGACGAACCUACGCCAACAGUGCAGUUCUGAAAAAUCGAAAGCAGUGAUCGCAGUUAACGAUUACUCGCAACGUUCAGUGGACGGGGCACAAUCUCGAGCCGGUUGGAGGAAAACAGAGUCCUUCUCCACAUCAGCCGAAAGUCGAUCGUGCUCACACCUCGCCGAGUUCCCCAUAGUCCGAGGACCGUCCACGCCGAUAGCAAUAUCAUUUGUUCCGCAAACCCUGUCCCGACUCGGCAUGCUUUUUUACCAUGCAUCUUCAGGAAUGGUCUUUGAGUUUUCCGGUGAAGAAGACGUUUGCAAACGGGCGUCCACGGUUGGGUUGGGGAAAGGCAAUCGCCUCCCCUUCAAAGAUGUUGUGAGAGGUCACUCUACAAGUGAUUGUAACCUCCUACGUAUCUCUGAUCAUGGUCAUUUGGGAUAUUCUUUUUUCACACUUGCUACAAAUCAGGUAGAAUUAUAA